AUGAUUAUCUUUACGGACAUUGUCACUGGUGACGAGAUCAUCUCGGACUCCUUCCCCAUGACUGAGGUCGAUGGAGUCGCCUACGAGAUUGACUGCCAGAUGGUGACGGAGAACGCCGUCGAAGUCGACAUUGGCGCCAAUGCGUCGGCUGAGGAGGCCGAGGAGGGUGUCGAGGAUACCGCGAUCAAGGUCAACAACGUUAUCCGCUCAUUCCGUCUCCAGAACACCAGCUUCGACAAGAAGCAGUAUCUUUCUUAUCUCAAGGGCUACAUGAAGACUGUCAAGAAGCAUCUCCAGGAGACUGGCAAGUCUGAUGAGGAGGUCAAGGACUUCGAGACCAAGGCCGGUGGUUUCGCCAAGAAGAUUGUCACCAGCUUCAAGGACUGGGAGUUCUACACGGGCGAGUCGAUGAACCCCGACGGAAUGGUCGUUCUCCUCAACUACCGCGAGGACGGCACCACCCCCUACGUCGUUGUCUGGAAGCACGGCCUCAAGGGCACCAAGGUUUAA